AUGGAGUUAAUGGGAUGUUCUAAUGAACAAACAUUGAAUGCUCUUCUUACUAUGAUCGGUGGUUUAUCUAAUAAUAGUUAUUGUCGAAACUUGUUGACCGGUUCGAUUGUUUGGCUCAACAUUUUUUCUCAUGUUCUUGGUACAACUGGUAGUAACAAAAGUUAUUUUGCGAAUGAAAUAACGUAUGCAUUAAAAACACUCGACGACAAAUAUCCCAAUAUUUAUUCCAAUCGUCGAGCAAUAAACGAUAAUGAUGAUACUGAAGAACAACCAAAAAAGAAACAAAAAAUUGAACAAUGGAAUUUUUUAGCAAGUAGUAUUACUGAAGCUGCUUUAUCUAAACAUACUAAUUACACUGAUGUGAUGAUUGUGAAUCCAGAUGGUGAUAGUGCUUUGAAACUUCUUUCAUAUUAUGAACAGAACAAUACAGGUGGUGCUCAAGCGGUUAGUUGUUUUUGUAAUGCAUUCGAUGGUAUUGAACCUGGUAGUAGUCGUGUUACUGGUGUUGAAUUAUCUACAAAUGAUCGUCAUCGUCCAUCGAAGUUAUCCAUGUAUAUAGUUAGUACAGGAAGAAAAUUAUCUAUUCCAAUUAUGAAAAUGGUGGAAGAAGGAGCAAAUGAUGGUAUUUUUGGUAGAGUUUGGUAUACUCAUUCCAGUACAGUUCGUGAAUUACCAGAUAUCUUAUUGAAAAAACAAGUAUCUUUACCUAAUUUUACUCACAUUGCAUUAUGUUGUCAUAAUUUUUUUCAAAAUCGAAUCAUUGAAUUUCGAUAUGGUUGGUUUCGAUCUGAUUUUGAUUACCAACAACGAAAUAAUAUUAGUGAUCGAAUGCAAGAUGCUCGACGACAACAAAAUGUUAAUUUACCAGAAUUUUAUGGUAUUUCGAUGGAUGAACAUGAUAUAGUAUUACGGCAACCUCCUGUUGGUGGCAAUACAAACGAUUCAUCAGAACAGUUUUCUCCUUUUGAAUUGGCUAAUCGUUAUACUAAUGAAAUAUGGAAUGAAUCAUUUACUUUGGAAAAACAUAUUGGUGAAAUGUGGCGCAAAAUAUCUUACCAUUUACCAAAAGCCAUAGCUACAAUUAAAGUUCUUCGAUUGUUUUUUCGUAUGAUGGGUGAUAAGAUGUUAUUUUAUCUUAAUUCUCAACAAGGUAAUCGAUCGUAUCAAUCAAAAUUUAUUCCUGAUACAUUUUGCCAAAAAUUAAACCAAGUAUUUAACGAAUAUUUCGAACAAUGUACUCGAACAAUUGAAGUAGAAGAAAAGAAGAUUAAUGUUCUUUCAUUUACAUCCGAUGACGUGGAAGUUGGAUACUUAUGGUGUCGAUGGAAACUAGAAACAAUUUCCAUUUUAUUUUCAACAACUCAAAUUCAACUGAUUGUUAAGGCACGAUCGGGCAAGCCUCACAUAUCCGAUCUAUUUUCGACAAAAUCAAUGGCUCAACAGCGAAUGGAUAAUGCGAUGGUGAAAAUUCUGAUGACUUCAACAAUAUUCUUCACAAACGGUUAUUUAUCAACAAAUUCUUCACGAGGUGGAAGUGGUUUAUUUAUGCAAAAAAGGAGUACUGAUUUGAAAACUCGUUCACCAAAAAAUAACAAUUUAUCAUCAUCUUAUUAUAAACAACAACCAUCUUACUUUGAACAGUCAGAAUUACGAAUGAAAGAACUUCAGUAUAUAGGUAUUCAUUUUAAUGAAUAUAAAAAAAAUUACGAAAAUUCAUCAUUACCUAAAAAUACCUACUUCAACAAUGAUGGUAUUCAAUUGAUCAAAGGUGAUGACUGGAUACAGUUUUAUCAUACAUUUCUUAAUGAUCCGAUGGCUAAAUUAAUGAUUAAGAAUAGAGAGAAAAUGAAUGAAAUUAUCGAAUACAAUGGUCGUUUUGGUUUAAAUAAUUUAAAUAUGAACAAUAUUAUAUCCGAAUGUGAAAAAAAUAACAUAAAUGAAUCAGAUAAAGAUCAAGUUGAAGAAAAUUUUCACAUUAAUAAUGUAAAUAAAAACAUUGUUUCAACUAUAUCGAAUCUUCUUGCUUCAUCAUUAUCUCGUGCUCCACUGAGUUCAAUAACAAAUGAACCACAAAUGGAAUCUGAAACAUUUGAAACUAGCAAAAGAAUGGAAUUAUGCAUCGGUUCAGAAAACGUUGUAAAUAUUUUUCAUGAAGAUGCUAAUUUUCAUCCACCAUCUCAUUCAACACCGACUGACAUCAAUGAUGAACCUUCUUUUCCAGCACUUUUACCGAUUGACCAUGUAACAUCAAAUUCACGUCAACUCGAUGAUGAAGGAAUUAUGAUUUUAUCUUCUGGAAUUAGCAAUGAUUGUCUUUCAUCAUCCAUCAAUCGAAAUGGUUCAAUGCAAUCAUUAUCAACUGUUUUAUCUUUUCCAAUGCAACCCGUGUCGAGCAAUUCGAUUAAUAAAAUCAUAGAAGUAUUAAAUAGUUCAACAAUUAAACUUGGUUCGACAAGUCCAAGUCCAGCCGUCAAGAAACGUGGUCGUCGACCAUCAUCAAAAUCAACUAUUCGUUCAUCCAUUACUACAUCAGAAAUCACCAAUGUUGUUGAAAAUGAUAAUCAUCCAAUUUGGAAAAAAUUAAUUCUAAAUAAACACAUUUUGGCUUCCAUGAGCGAUCUCUCACGGACUGUUACAGGCAGUGAUGAGAUUAAUGCAUCACGUCUCAAAUGUGUUGAAAAACUAUUGGAUAUUGGUUGUUUUUUAAAUGGUGAUGAAUUUCUGAAUGGGAAAGAAAAAGCUGUUUUAAAAAACUCACCUGAAGAUCCUCGACUUAUUUCAGCACUUAACAAAUAUGGUAUUGAUGUAGAUGAAUAUAAACAAUCAUUUAAUAAUCAUGUUCCGUUUGGAUACAAGAAUGGUGUACCAGUUCCUGCUCUUUUAAAUAUCAAUACAAACAAAAACAAGUUUACACAAGCCUUUGUUGAAAAGCUUCAAUCUGAUCCAUUUUAUUCAGUUUAUCUUCGAAUCGAUCCAGAACACGUGGUGAAAUCUUCAGCAGUAAAAAGAAAGACCACAUCAAGUCAUGAAACUGAUCUAUUUCGUAAACAGAAACAACAGAAGGUGGUUGCCAAACAGAAAAAUGCUGAACAAUUAGUCAACAAGAACGUUGUGACUUCCAGUAAUAGUAAACGAGGUGAUCGAACCUCUCGAACGGCAUCAAAUCGUUAG